UUGAAGCUCUGAGUUGAACAAUGGUCUGUGUCGCUCCUAUCACUAUUUCUUCAUAUUUACUAGAUAUAUGGAAGUGAAUUUAAUACAAAAAUAAUAUAUAGAAAGUGGAUAAUCAGGUAAAGAUCUGUAGUGAGUUAAAAAAAGCUUAGAAUGCUUAGUGUUUGUGGAAAUAGUGUGUAAAGGUGUGUGGUGUGGUGGUGGAGGCAGCUCGGUGUGAGGGGGAGCUUGUGUUGUGGUGUUAGCUUCUUGGAGGAUGUACCACUCUACCACAGCUGUUUUAUAACGGCACGAGGUCACCAGUCUACACAUCAGACAUGUAUCCAGCACCUAGACCUCCCGGAGCAGGUGUUGCAGGUCAUAUGAUGCACCGACCUCCGAAUGUUCAAUUUCAGCUGGUCGCUUCAACGAGGGAUGUGAGUACAGCGGGUCCCCAGGCGCCUGCCGGUCCUGGUCAGCUUAAAUUCACCAUCGCCGAGACCUGUGACCGUAUCAAGGAAGAGUUCAACUUUCUACAGUCCCAGUAUCAUCCAGUGAGAGACGGAAUGCAGUGUCACUACGUUAUGUACUAUGAGAUGUCGUAUGGACUUAACGUGGAGAUGCACAAGCAGACAGAAAUCGCCAAGCGGCUCAACGCCAUCAUUGGUCAGGUCCUUCCCUUCUUGUCCCAGGAGCACCAGCAGCAGGAAGUCGACGGCGGUGGAGCAGGCCAAGCAGGUCACCAUGACGGGUUGAACGCCAUCAUCAGGGUUUGGUUGCAGCAACAGAUGCACGCCCAGGCAGGCAUUCCCCAUGGUGCCCACGCCCCGACGUUGCCCAUGGCGCCCCACCCGUCCUUGGCUGGCAUGCCGGGUUUGCCUCCGUCCACCGCAGCUCCGCCUGGCCUUCUGUCCGCUGUGUCGUCCGCCUCCAUCAUGGGCCUCCCCACACCCCUCUCCGUGCUGGGUAAACCUGACCUGGGACGAUCUGACGAGAAGCGGGAGAGAGCCGAGGACCGCGCCGCUGCCCUCCUGGAUGAGCAGGCCCGGAAUAGUAGUUCCCCGGGGGAAGUCGGCCGCGUUCCCGAACCCCGGACGACCACGAUGCCAAGCGCCGGAAGGAGGCAGAACUUUGGUCGGGAAGGUGGUCAAGACCUUGUGGACGUGGCUAAUGAGGUGGGACCCCAACACUCCGCCACAAGCCAACGGGGACCACCGGGAUGUGCGAGAGAACGGCGAGAAGAAACCGGACUGCCGCCUUCUCAAUCCUCCUCCUCCCGCUCCACGCCUCAGCUUAAACACGAGAAGGGUGACCCUCGUUCCACCCCCACGUCCAAGUCUGGUGGGGGGAGCGGCGCCCCCUCCGCGCCCCCUGGCUCCUCCGGUGUGAAGCCCCCCGGGGUCCUCCCUGGGGGUGCCGGGCCGUCCCCUCACUUUCCCCCUUCCCCCUACCUGCCCCCCGGCGCUGCUGGGCCCCGACCUGACCUGCCCCCGGGCCCGCCCCGUCCUGACCUCCCGCCCUCUGCCGCCUACCCCCCAGGACACGCUAACAACUACCUCCGGCCGCCGGUCACUGGCUACGACCCCCACAGCGGUGUCAGGGUUCCGCCGCUCGCCUCCAAUGGCAUUCCCACUAAUGGUUCUGCUGGCAAGCCGGCCUACAGCUUUCAUGUAAACGGCGAGGGUCAGCUAGCGCCGGUGCCGUUCCCCUCGGAUGCGUUGCUGGCGCCGGGGAUCCCGCGGCACGCGCGACAGAUCAACACGCUGCACCACGGCGAGGUGGUGUGUGCCGUCACCAUCAGCAACCCCACCAAGUACGUCUACACGGGUGGCAAGGGCUGUGUCAAGGUGUGGGACAUCAGCCAGCCUGGGUCUAAGUCCCCCGUUUCCCAACUAGACUGCUUACAGCGAGACAACUAUAUCCGAUCUGUCAAACUUCUGCCGGACAUGCGCACCCUUAUUGUGGGCGGGGAGGCGUCCACCCUUAGCAUUUGGGAUCUGGCUACACCUACUCCCAGGAUCAAGGCUGAGUUGAUAUCUUCUGCGCCAGCGUGUUACGCCCUAGCCAUAAGCCCGGACUCAAAGGUGUGCUUCAGCUGUUGCAGUGAUGGCAACAUUGCCGUGUGGGACCUGCACAACCAGACUCUGGUGCGACAGUUCCAGGGACACACCGACGGCGCCUCCUGCAUCGACAUCUCUCCCGACGGCACCAAGUUGUGGACGGGCGGCCUCGACAACACCGUCAGGUCAUGGGACCUACGCGAGGGUCGUCAGCUGCAACAACACGACUUCACGAGUCAGAUCUUCUCGCUGGGUUACUGCCCCACCGGGGAGUGGCUCGCCGUGGGUAUGGAGAGCUCCAACGUGGAAGUUCUGCACGUCAACAAACCAGACAAGUAUCAGCUCCACCUGCACGAGUCUUGUGUUCUCUCCCUCAAGUUUGCCAACGCGGGGAAGUGGUUCGUGUCUACUGGCAAGGACAACUUGCUCAACGCCUGGCGCACACCUUACGGCGCCUCCAUCUUCCAGUCGAAGGAGUCGUCGUCGGUGCUGAGCUGUGACAUCUCUGCCGACGACAAGUACAUCGUGACGGGUUCAGGGGACAAGAAGGCUACCGUCUACGAGGUCAUCUACUAAAAAUGGCAAUGUCUUGAAAUUGUUGAACUAACCCCACUAUUCUGAGUGACAGUGUCAAGUGGUGUCAUGAGCAAAUGCUUGACAACUGACACCGAAUUAGGACACACAUGCAUGUCAAGAGGAUGUGUUGGGUAGCUGUGCAGGACAUGGUGCGUGUACAGGUGCCGGGCGUGUCCCAAGUGAUAAGCAUCAAUAUUAAUAUGUAUAAAAGGAAGCAAAGUAUGCGAUGAAAGAGCGAGUCAGGUGGUGGAAGAAACUGCCAUUUGAGUUUGUGUUGCGGACAGGGGGGUAAGAAGUGGCUCGUGGCCGGAUUAAGACCUCCUCCUUGGAUAAUGGCCAGCAGCAAAAACUUGGUCCGCCUCGAGUAGUGAGUGAGGCGUGAUGGUGUUAGGGAGGUACUGUAGUGUGAAGUAUAGCCGGACAGCCUCGGUGGAUAAUUUUAGUAGGUCUCUUAAGUCACCUAUUUUAGUUGUCCUUGUCCGUUUUAGAGCCAUUUUAGGUUCUAUAGUUAAUUUGUCUCGAUUAAUAAGAGAUAUCCUGUGUAAAGUAUUAUUCCCAAGGUCUUGCUCAUAAAAAGGCAGCGGAUAGUUGCCGAUUCAUAACUUGACCGAGGCUGUGAGAAUCCUGAAGGUCGCGUUUUUAACUCUUUCCACUCGUAACUUUGGCUGUCCUGUUGGUCAUAGUAGCCAGCUCUCUCUCUCUCUCCUCCUUCUCUUGUUGGCGGGCGACUAACGUUCUCUCCCGUGGGCCGUGUUUACUAAUACUGUCUUGGACUUACUGGAUACUGAAUACUAUAAAUCUAUAUUGAUCUUUGGAACAUUAGAGAAAUAAUUAAAUCACUAUGACGGGGGGUAUGGCGGCAUCUUUAAGUGGGUAACGUGGUUCUUUUUACGGUCCAGGGAUAUAAAUUAUGUUGCUGGAGAUAUUUCCUUGUAAGAUGGCAUGAUGAGAAAGAUUAAGAUAUAUAUUUUCGUACAUUGGGAUAAAAAUAAGUAAAUCGCCCAAAUUUUACCUCUUGUAACACUUCCAGGUAUCCUUAUCUCCUCUUAUCUCCUGUUCCUCUUUAUCAAUGUCUCUUCUUUAUCUUGUCAUCUUGCUACGUCGUUAGUCUCCCCCCCCCCCUACAGUAGUUAAUGGGGAGAGGGUGUACACUUACUGUCAUUAGUUAACUCAAACGAAGGUCCAAGUCCCCUAAAGAAGGUGUAAUUUGAAUGGUCAGUUACCCAGUCAAAGUAAAAUUAUGAUAAUUUAUUGGUCACUUGUGUAACAUGAGGGCCGGGUGAGAGAGAGAGACUGCUCGUUGGCCUGGUGUGGCCCGGGUGAGAGAGAGACUGCUCGUUGGCCUGGUGUGGCCCGGGUGAGAGAGAGACUGCUCGUUGGCUUGGUGUGGCCCGGGUGAGAGAGGUGGCCCCCUGAGACACAGCUGCGACACGCGUCCCUCACUUGUGCUUCGGAAAUAUUAUUAUUCCAGUAUUUUUUCUUGUGGUGCUGUUUUAACAUACAAAGGAGACUCAGUAAUUCCGUAAACCAUCAAGUUGUUUUUUGUGGUUAGUGGUGUUGACCCGGCCGGGCCGUGGCCUUUAUUGUCAGCUAGGAGCUUGAUGCUCGCGCCUUUACACCACCAGUUAAGUUGCAUAAUGGUACUAUAAAUGUCUUGUCGUGUUAAUAUGCCUGAGUAACUUUACACUGGUUGUUGGCCUGACACCACAAUAGGAAUGACUGCCGGUUAUAUACUUUUAUUUCAAGUUUUCCUUCCGUUUUGGGGCAGCACGAUUAACAAGUCAUCUGUGGAAGAUCAACCUGAUCUCUCUGAGAUGUGGCGAGGAGCAAGGAACCAUAUGUGAAUUAUGAACAGUAUUAAGGUCGUCACUCGGCCAGAGUUGCUGUCACUGGGUGUUGCCUCAGCGUAAGCUCCUUAACACGUACAAAGGAAUGGAUGCAGGUAAUGCGCACUGAGGCGUCUGGGAGGUUAGGUGUUGUGUAUUCCUGGUCAGGCAGAUGAUUUUUUUCAUUACUAUUGUGAAAACUUUGACGUGAUAGAGAUACUCGCUGCUAUGCCUUAACAGAAAAGUGCAAGAAAAGUUUGGUUUAGUAUUAUGUGCAGUGCAGUAUGUAGCGUGUCGGAGCUGGCAGUGAAGCUGAUUACAGCCCCUCGGUCAACACUACCACACCUAACACCUGGCGCACGUUGUCAUGUACAGACCUUGCAAAUGUUUUUAUUAAACGAGAAAUUGUUCUUUUAAUUUUGUGGGGGGGCAAGGAAUUUAAAGCCGUAAUUUAUGAUGUUGUCAGACGGCGCCUGUAGUUGGGUGUUGUGGUGUAGGUGAGGCUGGGUGUUGUGGUUGGCUGGUCAAGAGUGGGGAUUAAUGUUGUUUAACACGAGAAAUAUCAUAAAGUACAAAGCAUGGUUAUGUUUAGUGGAUGCCUGAAGUACUAAGGAAGAUAAUGGUUUACUAGGCGUCACUGUUCUGUGUAGCGUUGUAUAGAGUUGUCUUGAGUAUACAGUAUUAUAUUAUGGUUUAGUGUAACAAAUUGAGAAUGUUGGGAGUUUUGAACACAGCCGAGAAGCAACAAGUGUUUGGUUAUUGUAAUCGUUUGUUUAUGUCAAGACGAGUGAAGUGUUCAGUAUUUGUUGCAGGGAGGCCGGCCGCCGUAUGAUGAGCUCACAACUAGGACAGAUGUGAAGAAAGCCCCCACCUGUUGCUCUCCCCACAUGUUCAAUGUAGUGUGGGGAAAGUGGCGUGUGGGUGUUAGACUCUCAAAGUACAUGUGGCGUUGUGUGUGGGCGUUAAGGGUGCUUGACCUCCGCUUCACACCAACGUUACCCGAACAGUGUUUUACAAGUUUCCUUGAUGUGAGUUUGCCAUACAGCAAUAUCUUUUUUUUUUACUGGUCUAUAAAUUUUAAAUUGCACAACUGGUUAAAAUUAUACAAGUUUGAGCUCUCACUACUGCUGGUGAGGGUGACAGCCUGGGCGGGGCGGGGCGCGUCUCGUGUACCUGGCCAGAACACUUAUUUUUAUUAUCACGUGUUAUAUACGUAACUACUGAGACUUCCGCCAGCUACACGAGACGUCCCCCACGCGACUCGGGGCUUCUUGCAGGAUAUUAAUGAAGUCAUCCUCAGCGGGAAUUAUUGGCUGUUUGUUUUAAGAAAUCGUUAACAUUUCCCCCCCAAAUAGUCUUUCUCACCGAGACGGACUUAUGUUUACCUCCGCCUAAGUAUGUCUCAUCAUCAAGACAUGUUGACUAGUAUCUCUGUAAGGUCUUUAUAACGAUGACAGACAUUUCCAUGAGCAUAAGGACACUUCAGUCCUUGUAAGGUGUUCCGGGUGUAGCGUGCCUCGCUUAAUACAUCUCUACUGUACAUUAUAACGUUGUCUUGGGCCAGUGUUCUAUAACAGGUGUUAAUAAAACAAAACGUGGAAUUUAAAAUCAUGCAGAAAUAUGCCGCUUGAGAAAAUGUGUAGGAAGCUGUGGUGGGUGGUAAGUGGACGUACAUUGUGAUAACCGAUGGCCGCCUGGAGGUGGAGGCGCCGUGGCCCGCUGCCCGUGAUACUUGUAAAGCUGAUCAGGUCGGGCCAGGUCAGGUGGACACGUUGACCUCACGACAGUUACCAUAUACUUAACACCUCCUUGUUGCGAGGAACCUUGUAGCAUAGGUUGGAUCUACAAAACGGGUAUAUAAAUAAACGGUAGUAUUUCUCCAAUGGAAUUCCUCAUAGACUCAGAUGCACACAUUUUUGCGGCACUGCGAGUAAGAAUGGCCCACAAAACGCUACCUCAGGUUUAAGAGAAUGAGCCGAGUGGAGGUAUGGUUUAAUGGUCAUUUUGUCUUGCCGUGGCGGUUAUCUUUGAGGCAUUAUGUAGGUAAACCUUAAAACUCCAGGCUGUAGACAGCUUCAGGUAAAGUGUCUUGGCAGGAACACACUUCAACUUAUUCCCCAUGACCAUUUAGUUUAUAACUGAUCUUAUUUUAAAACCAAUUGACCAUUUUUCAGCAGAAACCUGAUCUCUUCAAUUUUAUAAUAAUCCUUUUUGUAAUAGUUGAAACAAAAUAAUUAAGAUGUAGUUAUUUUAUUUGUGUAUUUUUGUGAGGUGUUGAGUUGUGGGGUUCAUGUGUGACGUGGCUGGUGGUCCCUGGUAAGCCUUGUUCUCCAGGGACCCUUGUCUGUGAUGGCCUCUUCACCCUGAUGGCGGCGAGACUGUACACGUAACAUUGUCGUGUUGGUGUUUGUUUACUACAGCUGUGGGCCCAGGCUGGGGCAUUAAAACAAGAGGUCUCUGCCCAAACACACGAGGGGUCUUUUUCUUCUAUAUUAGAAGAAUCAUCAUCCACGGGGCAUAGUUCUCAUGUUGACUGAGUACUGUUAUGUACAGGUGUAAUGAAGCACCAAUUGGUCUUAUUUGUAAUUGCAAAACUACAUUGCAUAGUAGGAAGCCAAGAAUUGUUGUGGUUUGCUUGUUGCCGUAACAGGCCCAGCUGUGUACACAACACAUACACCAACAAGAGUCUCGCAGAAGUGUACAAUUAGUGAAUGUAUUAUGCCCUUUUCUCAACAAUGAAUAGUGCAACACCAAUGUGUAAGAGAUUUGCAAUAAAACAUAAAAGACA